AAGCAUGAGGAUUCAGCCUCGACUUGUCCCUUUGUCGGUUGUUUGUAUCGGGAAGUAAAUCCGACAUGGUCCAUGAAGAUCUGGCGACCCGUCUGAACGACAGGGAGUAUAAGAACUGGCUGAAGGCUGGACGGUGUCUGCUCAUCCUCAAGAAUGGGCUGCAUCCCUUCAUCGCCCACAACAUGAGAGCUUUCCACGGAAAUCUGCUCAAUCAAAACCCUCUGCUACGGAAACCAUGUCAGACUUCAUGCAGACCCAGAGGGAAUAAGCUUUCCUCACCCUGCCAGGUGUGUUCAAAGUGGCAGACAGAGAUCCUGAGACACCACAGACAGCCGGGUGCCAUAGUGAACUGGGACAACUGUUUCCCUCCCAACUGGAGGACUGACCACUGGGAACUGGCCAAGGCCUACAUGCCACGAGGUCAGGGGAAACUGACGAGUGCAGAUCAAUGUGAUGCCUCAGCUCUGCUCAACCUAAUCAACUACUGCGACUGUUUCUGCUACGUGGAUCCAAAAUUUGUGAGAGAGGUCAUCCGUUUUAGGAACGAGUUGAUGCACUCCUGUGAGUUGUGUGUGACGGACGAAUGGAUGAGGCAGUACCAGACCGCAGUGAAAAAUCUUGUGCAGCAUUUGAGCCACAUCCCAGAGAUGGCAACAGUUGGACAACAGAUUGAGGAGAUGCUGACCCUUGAUUUGUCAAUAUGUGUCUCUGGUUUGGACCGAAUUGACUCUGCUGGCCUGGAUGGAUUAGAGGCGGAUUCUGUCUGCCAAUGGGACACGAGCGCUGACUUAAUCAGCCAAUGGGAGACUGAGCUGCUAAGAGAGAGUCUGCAGGAGUUACUGCAUGGUGCUGAUGAUGAUACAAAGACGCAGGAUGCUGAGCAGCUGAAGAGGCUGGGUGGUUUCCUGCAGGCCAACAGAGAUCUGGGCGAGAGGUUUUCUGCAGAGCUUCAAGCCAUCAACUCACUGGAGGCCAGAGACUAAGGAGGAGGAGGUGGUAAAAAAACAGGGGCUGAUUGUGCAUGAUGUCUUUAUAUUUACUAUUUGAUUGAUUCAGGGUUUCAGUUAGCACCAGAUCACAACAGAAGUCAUUUAAGGUUACCUUUCCUAGAACAGGUCUAUACCAUGCCCUUUUAUUAAACAAAUUAAAUAGCCUUAUGUUAUUUAUCUUAAUUACAUGACAAUAUGUCAUUUCUGUCUCUACAUGGUCGCGUGUUUACAAUUCUCCUCUGCUCUCUGUAUCGAGCAUGGUGGGGUUGCGCCCCGACGCACGCACACACACACACACACACACACACGUGCGCACACACACACGUGCGCACACACAGGUGAGCACAUUUCCACCAGCAGACAGAGAGCGUGCGUCAGGCAUCUCAGAGAUGGCUGUUAGCCUAGCACCUGCUAAUGUGUGCUCACUUUUUUUCUCUGAUUACCUAAAAUCCAGAUGUUCAGGAGGUUUUUACUAGGAGUGAAGUGAAUGGUUGUCUCAGCCCUGUGAUAGUCUGGUGACCUGUCAAGGGUUUAUCCUGCCCCUUGCCUAGGGCUGGACGAUUGAUCGAAUUUUAAUCAUGAUUUCGAUUUUGGCUUCUCACAAUCAUAAAAACAUUAUAAUCGAAGAAAAGCAAUUAAUGCGGCGCACGGCACGGCGUGUAUGUAAGCACCUCUGUUAUGUGCAGCAGCAGCAAGCGUGUGACGUGUGUGGAUCAAUAUGUGGAGCGAGCGAUUGAGAACAUGGCAGAAAGACAGCCUUUGGUUGAGAAGAAAGGUACACUGUAGGACAACUUCAGUCAUCUGGAAGCAUUUUGGCUUCAAGUUGACGGACGUUGAGCUAAGGAAAUUGUUUGCAAAGUUUGUCACGCUGUCGUGUCUGCCCCCCAAGGCAACACGAGCAAAAAAAAGUCCAAAAAAGUUAAUUUGAGCUUACAAAUUAUGGCGAAAAGGUAGUUUCUUGCAACCCUAGAAUUAAGAUAAAAAUAUUCACAAACGAAAAAACACUUCUGGUUGCUGAUAAGUAGUGUUUAACUUCUGUUUUAACACUAAAAAUUAAAACCCUUGGCGGACACUGCAGCGCAAGCAGACAGAUGGGCGACUCAGAGCAGCAUGUGUCAGACACCAGACUCAGAGCGCAGCGGACCGGUGGCAAAUGUCACCAUCAGCGUAUUAUUUUACAUCAAUAAAAUCUAUUUUAUCAUUAUUUUCAGUCACAUUGUUGAAAGAAUUUAGCUGUCUGUGUUCAAGCAGGAUAAUAGGUCUCCAUUCAUUGCACGUCGGGCUUUCUAUUUCCUUGUCGGAGAUGGUGUUGCGUUCAAGGUCCCCCCCCCCAAAAAAAAACGGGAGGAAAAAAAAAGGCCAAAUAUUUGAAUUUUUUUUUCACAA